AUGAAGGGAGUGGUGAGGUUUGGUAAGAAGGGGAAGUUGAGCCCCAGAUAUGUGGGAUUAUUUGAGAUACUAGAAAGAGUUGGUACAGUAGCUUACAGAGUUGCUUUACCACCAGAUUUGGCUAAAAUUCAUAAUGUAUUUCACGUGUCCAUGUUGAAGAAGUAUAUAGCCGACCCAUCUCAUAUCCUACACUAUGAGUCGUUACAAUUGAAGGAAGACCUUUCUUACAAGGAAGAACCCAUGAAAAUCCUGGAUAGAAAAGAGAAAGUGUUGCGGAAUCGAUCCAUGUCACUGGUUAAAGUACAAUGGAAGAAUCAUUCAGGCCAGGAAACGUUAUGGGAAUUGGAAGCUGAGUUGCGGGAUCAAUAUCCUCAACUAUUCAAAUUUUGA